AUGGCGCAAGGUGACUUGCGCGAAACGCUGUUGCUGGCCAUUGUGGUCCUAGCCCUGGCUAGCAACAUGCUGCACAUCUACAUGAAAGACCAUGAAGCCUACCCUCAUAGCCGAGACUUGGAGAUCCCACAUGCUCGCCGGGCUGGAGAGCCCCGUCAAAUGCCUCUGCCAGGCCAGGCGAACCCUUUGGUGGACGAUGAUUAUGAUGAAUACGACGGGCCAGUAGAACCUGCACCUCCUCAAGGUGGUCGGUUCCAAAAGAAAGUGCCUGCACCGGCUCCUGCACCGGCUCAAGAGCCACCUCCGCCGCCACCGCCACCCCCAGCUCUUGAUGAGGAGACUCGCCGACGCGACGAGGAGAAGUUGGUGCAGGACAUGCUGCACUUUGAUGAGGCUGCUGAGACCGAGACUGAUCUCAUCUUGGCGGAGGGGCCUACCGAGCGCAUCUGGCUGUUCAAUGGCGAUCCCACGUCCCAUCGCUGUCUCACACGAAUCUCAAACAACCAAGUCUUUAUGGAUUGGUGCAUUGAGAACCACUUUGACAAGCAGCAGUGGCAAGCCCGCGACAAGGGCACCUUGGGUUUUCGCACGCCAGAAGGCGAAGCAUUCUGUCUCACUGCCAACGAGCGACGACUCAAAACAGCCAAGUGCAUCAGCAGCGACGAGCCGAGCCAGGUCUUCGAAUUCAAGCCCAGCGUGGGGCUGGUGCACGUCGCGUCGAACCUUUGCGUCACGGCACCGGGCCUAUCGUACAUCGAGGCUGUCUUGACCCCUUGUGCAACUGCGCAAAAGCAAUGGUUCAUGCGCGUUAACAACAACAUUGUGCCCAUUGGAUUUGAGCCUUGGCUUCUCUACUUUGCUCGUCGUCGCAAAGCAAACAUGGACAAGUACGGUUUAGAGGUGCGCCAGGUCAUGAAUGAGAUUGCGACUCGCCCUCGCCCCAAAUACAUCCACCGCCGUGUGGUCGUGCACUUUGCGGACGAUCAUCACUUUGGCGCUCAGCCCCAGUUUCGCUGGUGGGUCAAAACAUGGCGCGAGCUCAAACUCAACGAGCCGGACCAAGCCAUGGACGUUAUUAUCUUUGGCGGCAAAAAGGUUUUGAGCGGCAUUGGGCACGGGUGUGAGUUUGUGACGCUCAAGGAGAAGACCUCCCCGCCCCCCGAGGGCAGCCCCGGCGUCUGCUGGCUCAUUGAGUUUGCUGGUGCCGCGGAGCGCGAACCUGAAAACUACGAUGGUUGGUUCAACUCGGUGGAAAUUCUGGUCAACAAGGACACGCGACCAUUGCUUGAGCAAUACGAAACUCUGCUACGCGCCGACGCGGACACCUUUCCCUCCCCGCGCUUCCGCGACUACUGGCUGGAUUACGUGUACAUGGGUGAGAACGCAGCCUACUCUACGCGUUACGCUCGGCACAAACUGGCCAAUGCAGCGGCAGCCAUGGGCCUCAAUUACAGCUCCGUCACCAACAUUGCAUCAACCUACUAUGGCCCUGCGCACGACGUUCUUAAUAUUGCUGCCCUUACCGUGGCAGCGGGCAAGUUUGCCCGCUACUUUCUCUUUGCCGAGGGCACACCCUGCAAGCUACCCCUGGGCUUGCGCCCCAAGGAUGCGAUGUGCGAGUGGGGCUCGGGCCUGCAUGAGGGCGUCAUGCUUCUCUACUCGCAGGACAUUGCCGUCAACCAUCUUCUGACCACCGAUAUCGACAUUCGACUGCACCCCAAGUCGCAGUACGAUGCAGGAACAACCAAUCUGGUUCACCCGUGCACCUUUCUUAUGUAUCAUAUUUAUCAUGGCGCUGAGCGAUUCUCCAAGUUUGCCUUCGCCUCAAACAAUUAUCAAAACUUGGACAUGGCCGACUUUGAUUUGAAUACGGUCCGUGAUUACACGACGUGGUUGGCGUUGACCGCCAACAAUCAGGGCAAGAACGGUGACAUUCCUUUCGAGAAAGUUGGCCGCGAUCUGAGUAAGUUGUGCGAUAACUGGAAGGAAUAGGCGCCAGGUCAUUCCGUGUCCAAACAAGUUAUUUUGUCUUCGAUGGCGACAUUGUUUUGCUUGCUUUGCCUGUCGUUCUUCGCUGAGAAGUUUUUAAAAUUUACACAGAUGCGAGGCUUCUACACAGUGCCUCGCAUCUGUGUCAUCAUGCUGAGAUGAGCUGCAAGAGUGACUGGCAAAGGACGUUUGCUUUGUGAAUUGAAACCAAAGCGUUG